AUGCCACAUAUGGACACCUCUCAGAUGGAUGAGAAGCUCAGGUUUCUCGUCAUAGGCGCAGGCCAGCGCGGUGUGUCUUACGCAAAUCCAGUUUCUCAGAUGCCGAACGCAGCAAUUCACGCUGUAGCAGAACCUGUCAACUUCAGACGCCACCACUUUGGUGAGACUUACAUCUGGGGCAAAGGAAAUGCUUCUGAUGAGGGGCAAGAAUUCAGCGAUUGGAAGCAGUGGCUAGCAUGGGAGAUUGAGCGUCGCGAACUUGAGAAGUCGGGUGCAAAAGUGCCUGUCGGUGUCGAUGGUGUGUUUGUCUGCACUUUGGAUGCAAUGCAUGUCGAAAUUAUGCUUGCAAUUGCGCCAUUGGGACUCCAUGUCCUGUGCGAGAAGCCAUUGGCUACCUCAUUAGCAGAUUGCAUGUCGGUACUAAAGGCGUUCUCUGGUGCUCAACAAGAUAUCAUCUUCUCUGUCGGACAUGUCUUGAGAUACAGCCCUCACAAUCAGUUGCUGCGCAAGCUUCUACUGACGGACCGCGUCAUCGGAGAUCUCUUGUCUGUAGAGCAUACGGAGCCAGUAGGAUGGUGGCACUUUGCACACAGCUAUACACGUGGGCCAUGGAGACGUUCGACUGAAAACAAAGAUGGUUCUCUUCUUACAAAGAGUUGUCAUGAUAUCGACUUCCUGCUUUGGAUCCUCUCACAAACUCCAGAUGGCACAGCUCGGGAUGUCCCACCUCAUCUACCAAAGACGAUCUCAUCGACAGGAGCUCUGAACCAGUUCAGAAGAUCUCGUAAGCCAGCACAUGCAGGCAAUGCUACGAAUUGUCUCUCCUGUCCUUAUGAGCGAAAAUGCCAAUACAGCGCUGUCAAGAUAUAUGACGAUGCUCGGUUGGCUGUAGGACAUACCCAUUGGCUAAAUCACGUCGUGCACGAUAUAGAGGAUACUUUGAAUACCUCAGGGAUGGAUGCUGCACGCAAAAGUCUUCAUGCUCGGUUGCAACAAGACUACGUCAAGGGAGUCACUCCUGAUGAAGAGAUUGCGGACCGGACUUGGUACGGACGCUGUGUCUACGAGAGCGACAACAAUGUGUGUGACGACCAAGUAGUCACAAUCAAAUGGGACGAAGACCACUCAUCCCCUCUCAACCGUCCCGGUAAACUCGCAACUCUACAUAUGGUCGCCAAUACUGAGAUAGAAUGCGAGCGUAGAGGCACCGUAUAUGGUUCCCACGGCGAGCUUGCAUAUGAUGGAAAAACCAUUAGAUACUUCAGCUUUACCGACAGGAAGGAGACUGUUGUUGCUACUCCUACCGCUCCCGAACUCGAGCGAAACAUCAAAUCUCAUGGUGGGGGCGAUCGGGGUCUGGCUACAGCAUUUGUCUCUGCUGUCGAAGCUGUCAACCGUCAUGGUAUCAAAGUCGCAGAUGCUCAGGGCAACUUUAUUGGGUGCACCCUGGAAGAUGCCAUCACAGCGCAUGCUGUGGUCUUCGCUGCUGAGGAGGCCAGAAGGGAUGAGAAGGUAGUACAGUGGAGAGACUGGUGGGAAAGCAAGAAGCAGCAGUACGGGGUCGAGACGUAG